GACAGGAUGCAGAGCUUCUACUGCUUUCCAGCUGUGCUCCUCCUCUUCACAGCUGCCCAGCUGAGCUGUAGCCUCAAGGAUGAAGAGAAGCAAAUGGUGGUAGAAUUUCACAACCUCUAUCGCUCCCAGGUCUCCCCACCUGCGACCAACAUGAAGAAUAUGCAAUGGGAUGAGGAUCUGGCUGCCUUCGCCAAAGCCUACGCCAGCAAGUGCGUGUGGGGUCACAACAAGGAUCGGGGCCGCCGGGGAGAGAACCUCUUCGCCAUCACAGAAGGGGAGAUGGACUUGCAGCUGGCCGUGGAGCAGUGGUACAAUGAGCAUGAGCACUACAACCUUAGCAACGCCACCUGCGCGGAAGGACAGAUGUGCGGCCACUACACCCAGGUGGUCUGGGCAAACUCGGAGAGGAUUGGCUGCGGUUCUCAGUUCUGUGAGAAGCUCGAGGGAGUGAUGGAGACUAAUAUUCACAUUCUUGUCUGCAACUACGAACCCCCAGGAAACGUGAAAGGCCAGAAACCAUAUAAGGAGGGGCCCCAGUGUUCACAAUGCCAGGAGGGCUACGAGUGUAAGAACCAACUCUGUCGUACCAGGACAUCUGAACUGAGUGCCUCCACUUCUUUGGAGUUUUCUCUCUUUGGGCUACUCAGUUGUCUAUUCCUGAGCUACUUCUUUUGAAGGGGCCAUCUUUUGCACAACCCCAUGCCUAUACUAUAGUGUAUAAUAUGCAGCCGAAAGCCUUGUCUUCCCCUGGCAGUGGAGCAGACGGAUGGAUGGAUGGAUGGAUGGAUGGACAAAUGGAUGCCCAGAUGGAGGCCUGGACACACCCUGGAUCCACAACCAAGGCAUUAGGGUUCCAGUCCAAGAGGCCCAAUGACAUGCGCACACUGCCCCUUGCUCCCUUGCACCCAUGCCCCUUCUGGAGGUUCUACCAGAAGGCUUCUGCAAGCCCCUGACUGCGGGGUAUGCAGACCAUGAAACAAGGAGAGGCUCCAAGAACCACUGAAUCCUCUUAACGGAAGCGGCCUCAGGACGUCAUCUCCUUCACCCUUGGACACAGCUAAGCCUUAGGGCAGGUCCAAGAGAAGUCCCAUGUCAGAGUUCUAUCACCAGCAUGUCUAUGGCUCUUGGCUGCUCUUCAAAGCCCUAUAGCGAGGGGACCCAACUCUGAGCACAGGUUUGCCCAGACCCUUUGCUCUCUUCCCUCUGUUCCCUUUUUACCCUUCUCCGGGGGCCCUCAGAGAGGUGACUUGCUUUUCUAGCAUGAAGACUACUGUUCACCCAUCUGGUGGCUGGUCUCCCUUAUACCCAUUGAGGCAAGACUUGUCUGUGCCAAACCCAAGUGGAAUGGAGAGUAGCAGAGUGCUGCGGGAGUGUGUGGAGGGGCUGGGGGGUGGCUUAUUUGGGUCCUUUAAGAUUUGAGGUCCCGGCUAUACCUAUAAGCAUUGAUCCUGGUGGCAGCCCCAAGGCCUGAUUCUACCCAGAUGUCUGUCUGGUGCGUGGUGUUACAGUGAGAUCUCUCACUCACCUUUUGGGGUGAGGAUUCUGCUAAGAUGAAGGACAAGCCUCUCCCUGACUCAGGGGAAAGUGAUUUUAAAGUCCUGAAUAAA